AUGGCCCCCCUCACUAACGCGCGUGUAAUCUUCAAUGAAAUCCCCAAGGGUCUACCUGAACCGGGAAAGACGACUGUGUUUGAUGCCUCCGAGAAUAUUGACCUUGACAAGACGCCGCUAGAUGGCGGUUUUCUCGUUAAGACGUUGGUGCUCUCCAUCGAUCCGUACAUGCGGGGCCGAAUGAGAGAUCCUAGCAUCAAGAGCUAUAUGCCUGCAUUUGAAAAGGGGGAGCCGCUCACUAAUUUUGGUGUCGGCGUUGUUCUUCGUUCUGAACAUCCCACUAUUUCGGUCGGAGAUCACCUGUAUGGCAUGUACCCUUUCCGAGAAUACUUCGUCUCAAAGGACGCCAACUCUUUUCGUGUGCUAGAGAACAAGGAGAAACUCCCGUGGUCAGUGUAUGUUGGCGUGGGUGGUAUGCCAGGACAAACGGCUCAUCACGCAUGGAAGGAGUACGCUCAUCCGAAAAAGGGCGACGUGGUCUUCGUAACUACAGGUGCAGGCCCCGUUGGCGCGACUGUUGUUCAAUUGGCCAAGGCCGAGGGUCUUAAAGUUAUUGCGUCCGCCGGGUCCGAGGAGAAAGUCGCUUUCAUGAAAUCAAUUGGUGUGGAUGUUGCUUUCAACUACAAAACCACCAAUACGUUUGAUGUCUUAAAGAAAGAGGGGCCGAUCGAUAUUUACUGGGACAACGUAGGUGGCGAGAGUCUCGAAGCUGCACUCGAGAAUGCAGCUAUGCCAGGCGCCCGCUUCAUUGAAUGCGGGAUGAUUUCCGGCUACAAUAGUGAAUCGUACCACGUGAAGAACCUCGACAAGAUUUUCGCGAGAGGCAUUCAUCUCUUCGGGUUCAUCGUGAUCUGGCUCACCAAAUGGGAAGAUGAGUUCUACAAGACCAUCCCGGGAAUGAUCUCCCGUGGAGAGAUCAAAUACAAGGAAGACGUGAAGCGUGGUUUGGAGUGUGUGGGCCAGGCGAUCGUGGACGUCCAGACUGGGCAGAACAAGGGGAAGAGCGUUAUUCUUGUCGCAGAUGAAUAA